AUGUAUUCGUCAAAACUCAGCUUCAUCGCCGCCUGCCCCAGCCGUCUCUUAUUCGGCGUCGACCACGAGACAGUAUUCAACUCCGAUUUGGGACCAGAGUUCUCGGAAUUAGGCAGCAUGCAGGUCAUCCCGACGGAUCUGCGAUCUAAAGUCAGCCCCUACUUCCCGUUACACUGCAGCGGCGGCCCGGACGGGCCCGUGGUCGCUUACCGGCCGGUGUGA